AGAGGGAGUUGUCAAAGUGGCACACAGCUCGGACCUCUGCAGCGCGCACUGUCUGGCGGAGGCGCGUUCCGGUGGUUGUUGCGCACCGUUUUCUCCAUCUUUGCGCUCUUGAACUCAAACUGUUUUUCCUUUUUAAAUGAAAGUGAUAACUGGUUUAUUUGUAUUAUAGUCGACUGACACAGUGGGAGGAGCAUUACACAAAUCUCCAUCGGAUGCCAUUGCCACUUAAUUUCUUUUUUGCCAUAGCGGAACAUAAGACGGAUUGAACCCGCAGACUGAUAAGAGGUCCGUGGCUGUCUGGUCCUUCAUCAAAAAGUGGACGCAUUACGCAGUCCCCUGCGUCCCGACUAGAACGCCUCAUAGGGAAGUUUGAUCAUCAUCAUAAUCAUCACCACCAAAAACACCACCAGCACCGCCAUCACCAUCAACUUCAUCAACGUCAUUCCUUUGGGUUCCUCGCCUCGAGGAUGGAGACAAGCCCCAUCCCGGUUUUGACGGUCCAAACCACGCCGUUUGAGGACCAGCGGCCCGGUACCAAUGGGCUCCGGAGGAAGACGGCGGUGUUCGAGGGGAAGAAGAACUACCUGCAGAACUACAUCCAGAGCGUGCUGUCCUCCAUGGACCUGCGGGACCGCCAGGGCUGUACCCUGGUGGUGGGGAGCGACGGCCGCUAUUUCAGCCGAGUGGCCACCGAGGUGAUCGUACAGAUGGCAGCAGCUAACGGGAUUGGACGUCUGGUCAUCGGCCACAACGGCCUCCUGUCCACGCCGGCCGUGUCUUGCAUCAUCAGGAAGAUCAAGGCCCUCGGUGGGAUCAUCCUCACAGCCAGCCACAACCCCGGGGGGCCCGCCGGGGACUUUGGGGUCAAGUUCAACGUGGCAAAUGGCGGCCCCUCCCCAGACACAGUGAUGGAAAGGAUUUCCCAGGUGAGCAGGACCCUGGAGGAGUACGCCAUCUGCCCUGACCUCCACAUCGACCUCUCCCGGCUGGGCAGGCAGGACUUUGACCUGGAGAACAAGUUCAAGCCGUUUAGAGUGGAAAUUGUUGACUCGGUGGAGGUGUACCUCAACCUGCUCAGAUCCAUCUUUGACUUUACCGCCAUCAAAAGUCUCCUAACUGGACCAGACCAGCUCAAGAUACACAUAGACGCCAUGAACGGAGUAAUGGGCCCCUAUGUGCGUAGGAUCCUCUGUGACGAGCUGGGGGCCCCAGCUAACUCUGCCGUCAACUGCGUCCCCCUGGAGGACUUUGGGGGCCGACCGCCCGAGCCCAACCUGACCUACGCCACCUCCCUGGUGGAGGCCAUGAAAGGCGGGGGAGUUGGCUUGGGUGCAGCUUUCGACGCAGACGGGGACCGCUACAUGAUCCUUGGGGAGAACGGCUUCUUCGUGAACCCCUCGGACUCGGUGGCCAUCAUGGCGGCCAACCUCUCUGCGGUGCCCUACUUCAGACAGCACGGCCUGCGGGGCCUGGCCCGCAGCAUGGCCACCAGCACUGCCCUGGACAGGGUGGCCAAAGCCCUGAAGGUGGCACUGUACGAGACUCCUGCCGGUUGGAGAUACUUCGGAAACCUGAUGGAUUCUGGGCGUUGUAGUCUCUGUGGGGAGGAGAGCUUCGGAACAGGUUCCGACCACAUCCGGGAAAAGGACGGCUUGUGGUCUGUGCUGGUUUGGCUGUCCAUCAUGGCCUCUAAGAAGCAGGGGGUGGAGCAGAUCACCAGGGAGCACUGGGCGAGGCUCGGACGCAACUACUUCUGCAGGUUCGACUAUGAGGAUCUGGACCCGCGGGCCGCCUUCUACCUGAUGAGGGACCUAGAGUCGGUCAUCUCGGACAAGGCCUUCAGCAACCAGAAGUUUGCGGUGGGGGACCACAUGUACGCCGUGGAGCGGGCCGACAACUUUGAGUACCUGGACCCGGUGGACGGGACCGUGGCCCGGAACCAGGGUCUGAGGAUCCUGUUCGCCGACGGGUGCCGCCUAGUCUUCAGGCGCAGCGGCAGCGGAGGAGGGGCUGGGACGGGCGCCACCAUUCGAAUCUACGCCGAGAGCUUUGAGCGCGACCCGGAGAGACACAGCCGAGAGACACAGGUGGUCCUGGGACCUCUGAUCGCCAUCGCCCUGAAGAUCUCAAACAUCCACGAGAGGAUGGGGCGCCGUGGGCCAAAUGUCAUUACCUGAACAUCUGUAUGGGGGGCACACACACACACACACACACACACACACACACACACACACACACACACACACACACACACACACACACACGCACACGCACACGCA